AUUCCUUUCAAAACUUAACAACAAAUUACAAAAUUGAAAAAGGAAAGAUUCAUGAUGUCAAUGAACUGUCAUGAAUUGUGCAAACCAGUUACUAUCUUGAUUCUAGUGAACUUAGCUCUUGCUUUUGUCAAUUUACUUCUUAAAAUGGUUCUCAAUGAAGGAAUGGACUACAUGUCCAUUGUAACAUAUCGACAGGCUAUUUCAUUUAUCUUCAUGGCACCUAUUGCAUGGUUCUAUGAAAGGAAACACAAACCGGAGGCUCACAUAAUAUGUCUCCUUUUUCUCUCAGCUCUUAUCGGUGUAACACUCCCCCAAUAUUUGUUUCUUCUUGGACUUGAGUAUACAUCUGCCACAUUCUCUUGUGCAUUCCUCAACAUGGUGCCUGUAUUUACGUUCAUCAUGUCACUUCCAUUUGGGAUAGAGAAGGUGAACAUGAAAAGCAAGAGUGGCAAAGCCAAAAUCUUGGGAACUAUUGUGUGCAUUGGUGGAGUUUUGUUAUUAGCCCUUUAUAAAGGAAUUUCCUUUAACAACCCACAGUCUCAACAUGUAGCAAAUACAUAUACAAGUGUACCACCAGCUGCAAAGUUAGAGAAAUGGAUUAUAGGUUCAAUACUUCUGACUGCAGGUAGCCUCUUGUGGUCUUCAUGGUUUGUUAUACAAGAAAAGAUUAGCAAAAAGUAUCCAUGUCAAUACUCUGGCACUGCUAUUUUGUCACUUUUUGCUGCUAUUCAAUCAACAAUAUUAACUUUGGUCAUCAAGAGAAACAACGCCUCAUGGAUCAUCAAAGGAAAGCUAGAAAUAAUGUGUUUAAUAUAUGCUGGAAUGGUGGGGUCAGGCAUGUGCUAUGUGGCAAUGUCAUGGUGCGUCAAACAAAGGGGUCCAGUUUUUACUGCAGCAUUUACCCCUCUUUUACAGAUAUAUGUGGCUGUCCUUGAUUUCUCUAUACUAAAGGAGGAAAUAUACUUAGGAAGUAUUGCAGGAUCUGCAUUGGUUAUUGUUGGCAUGUAUAUUCUUUUAUGGGGAAAGAGUAUGGAGGGAGAGCAACGUGUCAUGAAGGAUACACAAGCAAAUCAAGAUGUAGAAUGUCAAUGACAAAUCCACCAAUCACAAUAUGAAUGAAUACUAUUGUACUAUACUCUGUAAUGCAAGGGAUAGUCAAAAUUAUUCUCUAAGAUAUAGAAAAGUAAUAAUAAAAUAAAGGGAAAUGCUAACUUGAGACCUUAAGGCACAAACACAAGUUAAGAAGCCAAAUAUAGAAACAUAAUCUUGGAAAUUGUGUAUUCAUUAUUUUAAAAAGUUUAAAAUUUUAUUUUGUUAAGUCAAAACUUAUGUUUUAAUUCCAUUUUUAGAUCAUUAACUUGUGCCCCAAGUUAGCAUGACCCUAAGAUAAAUGCUUCGUUUACUUUUCAUGUAUCUUAAAAAACUGUGCUAUACAAAAGUUGUUUCACAAAAGCAUGUAGAAUGGUAUAACAGUAUUAGACUAUUAAGUAUUUUGAAUAUUUUC